AUGUCAUGCCAGACGAAUGUAGAUACCCAGCGGCAGUCGUCUUGUCCAUGUGCUGAUGUUGUUUUCGACUUUGAGGAACUAAAAUCGGGUCAAGAAAUCAACAGAGAAAUUAUACAAACUUUGUCUCAAACUGUUGAACAAUUAGUUGAGUUUAUGGGCCAGAGUAAAG